AUGAGACUCCUCAUUGCCUGCCUCCUGUGUUUCCUUCUGCUGGACUGCCUUGUGCUGCCUGAUACUGAAUCCCGCAUCCUUGAGCAAUCCAUGGAAAUCAGAAAUCCUGAUAUCGACCCUUCCUGGUAUACAGGGCGAGGGAUCCGACCUGUUGGACGCUUUGGUAGGAGAAGAGCAGCAGCUGGGGAGGGUGUCCAGAAACUUGCCUACAGGCAACAGCGAGUUUGCCUCCCUAUAGAAGAAAGCAAUGGAUCACUUCAAGAUGAGUGAUGCUGCAG